AAAUCAACCACUAGGAAACACCACAUGGAUGAAUCCGUCAUGUUCAAAGUAAUGCAACAACAAUUUUAAAGAUUGGACAUCAUGUUUGAUGAGAUUAAAGACAAAAUGGAGAAGCAAGAUGCAACCAUAGCCAAGGUAUGGCUAGAUGAACGUUACCCGUUUGGCGAAGCAAGGCAUCUGUACCAACGAAGCUUGGCGUUGGCGAUGUUGCCUAACUUCGCUAGAAAGGGGCUAGGUGGCGGAGACAUGGAAAUGAACUUGAUUCCUGGAACAGUGUCAUUUGAUGCUAACCAAAGGUUGGAAAUCUCGUCAGAAACUAACCAGAGAUACUGUCUUGGUCACCAUCAGUAACUUGCAGCCAUAUUUAAUGCAAGGGUGGCUACAUAGGUUCCAUGGCUCUGGAAACUGUUGUAAAAGAUUACUAUUUGUUUCCAAAAUCUUCCAAAAUCUUGUGCAGAACUUGAGGAACUUACCAAAUCCUGUGUAGAUGUUGUUUUUGUUGGCUGUAAUCAAGCACUUCCCCAAUG